CGCGCCGCGCGUGCCGGGUGUCCGGCCGGCGUUCCGAAGGAGGAGCUUCCGAGUCACGUUUAAAAGCACAGGCCGCCCUACGGCGCAGGCCGCGACGUGACGCACCGAGCGCCGGCUUACUGGGAGCAGCGCUGGACGCCGCGCGAGGAGAGGCAGCGCGCGCACGCAGCGAAAACGUAGAAAGGCGGCCGUGCGCCUGGACUUCGCGCGCUCGCUCGUCAUGUACUCGAAAUACAGGGCUUGUCGGCGGGGCCGCGUCGUUUUGGGAGUCGUGCGUUUGUGCACCAGAGUUACCUUCGUUUUCAUUAAUACCUCCUCUUUAACUCAGUUAAUUUUGUCCUAGACCUUCUCGCAUUUAUUUGAAUGACGUCAAGUGAUAUUUUAAUUCUAUUAAUUCCAAGCCGAAGUGGAACAUAAGGGUAUUGAGGAGGGUAUUUAAUUAGUGAAGUAAGAUACAGGAGCAAAGGUCACUAUCUUGCUAAUGUGUCAAGUUAUGAAUUAAGGAAAUGGCUUAAUACUUGUAAUGGUGUAUGAAGUCGUUGAAUGAAUGUUGAAAAGGAGCGACUCAUUCCUCCUGUAAGCGUCCGCUGUAAACGUUGCCGUAGACGGGGUACGGGACGCACGGUAGUUGUGUCUCAAGGACCUUUAAAGGGCGCCGACUGCAUAGGGCAUCUUGGCCACAGGUGGUGUAACCGUACGCGGACUUCGGCGGCAUGAGGUUUGCGGCAGCUCUGAGCUGUAACUUGCUCUUCGUUCUCACCGACAUUGUGGUUUCCACCGUUCUUUACACUCGUGGAUCCCAGCUGUAUGUGUUCGCCCAGGAUUUAUGGCGUUUUGACAUUUUGCAUUCUGCCUUGGACCUGUGGGGCAUCCUGCUGAUCAGAGCGUCCCUGCUGCUGGGAGCCUGCAUCGGGGUGCUGAAGAACAGGGAGGAUGGGCCACGGAGGGUCUCGGACCUGGGAACGCUGAACUCGCUUCUGUGCCUGGUGAUCAUGGCCUACGCCUUGGUCAAGCUGCUGCUGUUCUCGGAACAGGGCACUCAGAUGUACGACCCCUGGUUCCUGAGCCUGUUUUCUUGGACUUGCACCUCAGCCGUGGUAACGAUGUGCGCGUGGAGUCUCCUGGCAUCCAGCACUCUGGCUGCAAGUGAGCCCAGUGAGGAAACCGAGAGUCUGGUUAAUCAUGCUUCCGAAAACACCCAAGAUGAAGAGGAGAAGAGUAACGGUAACAAUAACAAAAAGGCGACCAGCAGGAAGGGCAAGAAUGCAGAGUCAGCCUCCAGAGCGACUGUGGGCCGUCUGCUGUCAUACUGCAAGAAAGAUGGCGGUCUGCUGUCUGUGGCCUUCUUAUUCCUUCUUCUUUCUGCUGUGUGUGAGGCGUUUAUCCCAUACUACACCGGCCUGGCAAUAGAUGGCAUUGUGAUCCACAAAAGUAUGCAGUACUUUAACAAGCCUUUGAUUACCCUUACAGUGUUGGCCCUUGUCAGCUCAGUCGCCAUAGGAGUGCGAGGAGGUGUCUUCUCGCUCACCUUCGCCAGGUUAAACGUCCGCCUGCGAAAUCUCCUCUUCAGAUCACUGAUGCGUCAGGAGAUCGGCUUCUUCGAUGCAAACCAUACAGGUGACAUCACCUCACGGCUAACAUCCGAUACCACGCAAGUAAGUGACCUGAUCUCGGAGAACGUCAACCUGUUCCUGCGAAGCCUCGUCAAAGCCCUUGGCUUCUGCUUCUUCAUGUUUGGGAUGUCCUGGAAGCUGUCGCUCGUCACUAUCAUGGGAUUCCCUUUCAUCGCUAUCAUCUCCAAGCUUUAUGGGGAGUACUACAAGAAGCUCACCAAAGCAGUGCAGGACUCCCUGGCUCAGGCCAACAAGGUGGCGGAGGAGACCAUAUCAGCCAUGAAAACCGUUCGCAGCUUUGCGAAUGAGGACCAGGAAGCUGACGCAUACUACGGGAGGCUGCAGGAGAUGUUUGAGCUCAAUAAAAAACAAGCGAUGGCCUAUUCCUGCUUCAUGUGGUCCAGCUGUAUUUCGGAACUUGCGCUGCAGGUGAUCAUCCUUUUCUACGGGGGCCAUCUGGUGGUCACAGGACAGAUGAGUGGAGGCACCCUCAUCUCCUUCAUCAUCUACGAGCUGGAGCUGGGCGAAUGUUUGGAGAGCAUCGCCUCAGUGUACACUGGACUCAUGCAGGGCGUUGGGGCAGCAGAGAAGGUGUUUGAGUACAUCGACCGGAAGCCCAUUCACUCAGAGAAUGGAAACGAGGCCCCCGACACCUGCAAGGGCCUGGUGGAGUUCAAAAAUGUGACAUUUGCUUACCCCACACACCCAGAAAAGCCUAUACUAAAGGAUAUUUCCUUUAUGGUUCGACCUGGUGAGGUGACGGCGCUUGUGGGCCCGUCAGGAAGUGGAAAGAGUUCUUGUGUGUGUCUCCUUGAGAACUUCUACAGCCCCCAGGAGGGUCAGGUGCUCCUGGAUGGGCAGCCUGUGCAUACCUAUCAGCACAGCUACUUUCACUCCCAGGUAGCUCUGGUUGGGCAGGAGCCUGUCCUGUUUGCUCGUUCCGUCCACAAGAACAUAUCCUAUGGGUUGACUGACUGCCCUAUGGAGGCGGUUGUACAAGCUUCCAAAAAGGCGAAUGUCCAUGACUUUGUCUGCAGCCUCUCUAAAGGCUACGAUACAGGGGUUGGCGAGAAAGGGGCCCAGCUGUCGGGGGGACAGAAGCAGAGGGUUGCUAUCGCCCGUGCCCUCAUACGAAACCCUCAUGUGCUCAUCCUGGAUGAGGCCACCAGUGCCCUGGAUGCUGAGAGUGAGCACGUUGUUCAGCUGGCCCUGAAUGAUGUCAUGAAGAACCGCACAGUGCUGGUGAUUGCACAUCGUCUAAGCACCGUGGAGAAGGCAAAGAACAUCAUUGUGUUGGACCAGGGUCAUGUGGUAGAGCAGGGGACGCACAAGGAGCUCAUGGUAAAAGGGGGUCUCUACUGCAAGCUGGUGCAGAGGCAGCUGUUGGGCAUUGAGACCGGAGCUGAGGUGCUAAACCCACCCAACACCACAGGAUGGCAGCAAGAACAGAGCGAGCAGAGAGUUCGGAGGGACAGCAGUGGGUCAGAGAGCAAUCUACGUUACUAAGACCUAGGGCAACGUUGGGGCUAGCUCAUGCUACUGAUAGAGUGGUACAUGGUACAAUAAAUACCAUUCUUCAUGUUAUUUUAAAAAAUUAGGUGAAAAGAGGUGGGACAGCUGUUAGCAUAGUGGUUUGAGCUGCUGCCUUUGGACCCCAAGGGUGCAGGUUUAAA